GGGAGCGGAGCGGGUACCCCGCUGGCUCGGCAGGCGGCCUCCGCCCGCGUCUCAGCGCCGCAGCCCCAGCCUUUCCCGCCGCGGUCGGUCUCCGGCUCCGCGGCCCCAGGCGCGGCGGCGGCGGCGGAGAAGCCGGGAGCCUCCGUAUCUGGAAUAGAGCAGAAAAAUUAUGCCUGUGUUCCCUUGGGACUCAUUGGAAAUUGUACAGUGACAUCUUCUGGGAUUUAGUCUGAAUAAAGUAUCAGAAUCACUUCUGCCUGUCAGGUUGGAGGCCUUCCGAUAAGCUGUUCUCUUGUACUCUUUCUGGAUAACAGAAUUCCUGAGAAAGGAAGGGUUAGUCUGUCAUUUGGCUUAGAGUAAAAAUUUUUUCUUCAGCAUAACAUUGGAUGAAGCUUCAGACGGCCCUCCAAAGUUUAUGAGGCGUGUGCAGACUGGUGCCUAAAAUGGAAGUAGAUGUUAAUGGAGAGGCCAGAAGCACCCUGAGCACCCUGCCCUUGCCCGUGGCCGAGGCGAGCUCCCCGGGGAAGGCCGAGGCCGAGAAGCCCCGCUGCUCCAGCACGCCCUGCUCGCCGAUGCGCCGGACGGUCUCAGGCUACCAGAUCCUCCACAUGGACUCGAACUAUCUGGUUGGCUUCACGACGGGCGAGGAACUCCUGAAGUUAGCCCAGAAGUGCACGGGAGGCGAGGAGGGUAAGGGAGAGGGCGUGCCUUCCUUGCGCUCCAAACAGCUGGAUGCAGGACUUGCACGCUCCUCCCGUUUAUACAAAACCAGGAGUAGGUACUACCAACCGUACGAGAUCCCAGCCGUCAACGGCAGGCGGCGAAGGCGGAUGCCCAGCUCAGGAGACAAGUGCACUAAAUCUUUACCUUAUGAACCUUACAAGGCCCUCCACGGGCCCCUGCCUCUUUGUCUUCUUAAAGGUAAGAGGGCUCACUCCAAAUCUCUGGACUACCUCAAUCUAGAUAAAAUGAGCAUUAAGGAGCCAGCUGAUACGGAAGUGCUACAGUACCAGCUUCAACACCUAACCCUCAGAGGGGACCGCGUGUUUGCCAGGAAUAACACAUGAAUGACCUGCGGGAUGUGCAGACCAGUUUAAGGCAGCCUACACUCGGCCAGGAAAAAACCCACUGUUGGACUCUGUACAGGACUCUCCACAUUAUAGAUGGUUAUAUCAGCUAAGUGUUCCAGGAACAUAAAAAUUGUUUGGAUCAAAUUUUGAAUACAGAAAUAAAAUUACAGGUAUUGUACUUGGGGAGAAAUCAUUCUAGAGCACGCAACUACAAAGAACACAGAAUGUUGACCAUUAGUUUGUAUAGCUCUUUAGCUAGGAGAAACGGCUUGGUACGGUAAGAUCUUUAUGAUUCUGACGCUCGAAUUGGGAAUGCUAUCUGCUCGGUUGUUGCUGACAUGGUAUGAUUCAUUAGAAAUUCGUAUCUUAAGUACUCAAGUACUUCUUUAAUCUCUGUAUUUUACUAUGAAAUGUAUGUCAUGAUUUGUUUUAUGAAAUUUAGAACUUGAACAUUGCUGAAUUUUGGACCACUUUUUAUUUUUAAAUAUUGAGUUUAAAUAUUUUAUAACUGGUUUUGCACUGAAAACAACAACAAAACAACUAACAUUUCCGAUUGACACAAGAGCAUAAUCUUUCUUCACUUGCCUCAAUAAUAUUAUUGAGCAGUGAAUUUUUUAUUUCCGCAUGGAAAGUUACUGAUCUCUAUGGCUGUAAAAUGUUUCUUUAUAGCGUUAUUAACAUGUCUUAAUAAAAUUAAAUUUGGGAUACAAAGUAUUUAUUUUACAAUAGGUAUGAGGAGAGGGAAGCUUUUCCAGAAAGUUUCCAAUAUGAAGGUUUCACAAGUUGAAAAAGUUUCCUUUGGGCUUAUUUUCUAAUUUAAAAUUCAUCUGGAACUUUAAAAUGGGAAGGACUCUUUUAGUUAUGGAUUAUAGGCAUAAUGCUAUUUGCAUCUGAAUGUGCUGAACAUGAAUGGAACUUUAAUAGAGGAAACUCAUGAUUUCUGCUAUCGAAUGCUUAAUCGAAGUAUGAAGUGAUACCAUUCAGCAUGGCAUCGGGUCAUCCCAGUUUUAGGUUUUUGCAGCGCAAGCACUCAUUGAAAUUCCAGUUUCUAGGAUUAGUGUAGGAGCCUCAAGUGCUCUGCAGAUUUAAUAGGUUAAUCCUGGAUUACUUAACAAUUUAUGUCAAUUGCACUGGUUUAAUUUGUUGCUAAAGAAAUACUGUCCUGGCUUUAGUAACAAAUACAGCUCAACUAUUCUUGAAUAUAUUUU